AUGUCCGACGAUGCUGAGCUUGCACACGCCAUUGCAGGCGCGGGCGGAGGUGCUCUUUCAAUGAUUGUAACGUAUCCGCUCAUAACUUUGUCGACCCUCGCGCAAACGACAAGCAAAAAGAAAGAAGCCGAGGACGAUCAGAUCGAGGCCUCCUCAAAAUGCGAGAUUCGGAAGGCGCUUCUGGAUAAAGGAGGCAUCAAAAGUCUUUACGCGGGCUUGGAAAGUGCCCUCUACGGAAUCACGUUGCUGAACUUCAUCUACUACUACUUCUACGAGCUCACGUCGAACGUGUUCUUGAAGUCGAACGCAGCGGCCCAAAGAAGAAAGCGGGGUCUUUCGACGCUCCAGCUGAUUAUCACGGGUGCCAUUGCCGGCGCCAUUACGGUUGUAGGUACUAACCCGUUUUGGGUCGCCAACACGCGGAUGAUGACUAUGGCAAAGGAAGACGGCAAAUCUCGUUCUGCCUUCAGAGCGCUUUUGGAAAUCGCACAGAAGGACGGGAUAUCGACACUCUUCGCCGGGGUCUUGCCCGCGUUGGUCUUGGUGAUCAACCCCAUCAUUCAGUACACGAUUUUCGAGCAAAUCAAAAACAUGAUUGUUGCACAAAAGGGAUCACGCGGUUUUAGCGCAAAAAAGGCGUUUUUCAUCGGUGCAUUUGGCAAGUUGGUGGCCACCACACUCACUUAUCCAUACAUCACGUUGAAGUCACGCAUGCAUGUGAGAAAAAAGAGCCCCGGGACCGAUCCGAGCGCUGCCGAGCAAAAGGCAGAUGCACAGCUCUCGAUGUAUCAGGAGAUCAAGAAGAUUGUGGCUGAAGAAGGCAUGGAAGGCUUGUACCGAGGCUUGGCAAUCAAAUCGUUCCAGUCCGUCACCACGGCCGCGUUCCUAUUUUACUUCAAAGAGGAGCUAUUUGCAGGCAGUCUCUCGCUUGUUGGUAUUCUUCGCGGGCGGAAAAUGGCCAAAACCUUGGUGUGA